AAACCUCCCCAUUCCAUUGCACACAUUAUAUUCUUAGUUUGCACCUUGUGUAGCUAGAAGAGACAAGCUCUUGGCAUCACAUAGGCCCACACAUACCGUUCUUCAGCCGCAUACGAUAAUAACAGAUAAUAACAUGAACAACGCGCCAUUAUGGAUAAUCGAAGCAUUGGUUUCGCAGGGGUUUGAAAGCUUCCCCGGAACAUGCAGGAGGAAAAUCUCAGCCAUCGAUGGAGCCGACUAUCCCGGGAUGAGAAGAGCGCCAAUCCAACAAAUAAAGGCACGAAAAGAGCACCUGAGCGAGAUCCGAAAAGGCUUUCUCCCCACAUUGCGACAGCUUCUGGCUGAUCUCAUCGUAGCCCAAGAUCUGGUGGAUCCCCAGAAAGAGCCAAAAUAUCCAGACGUUCGAGAGAUCAACAGGAUCACUCGUCGAAUCUGCGACAUGUUGAAAGAAAUCCGCUAUGCCGCCAGUACCAUCGCCCUCACAGAACCGCAAGCACCCCAAGACGAGGACCAUGAGUACGGGAUUCUGAAAAGAUAUAGGACUAAAGCUCUUGUCGAAAAACUCCGCUAUAUGAUACGAUACCCCCUGCGUGAAUCGUUGGGCUAUCAUGGGGAUUUCUUCGAACAGUGGAAAAACUCAAAGGAAAGCGUUGUAAACCGAAGAUUCGAUUAUCCAGGCUUGCUCAUAGCCACCGCGACUGCGUUCCACUUCAUCGAUGAAAUCAUUGAAUGGCUCAAAAAAUCCGAUUUUGGCGUGCUUCAAGAAGCUUGGAAAGCUGCUUUAGAUGGUUAUGAAGACCGUAUGACGGCCUUGCUGAACCGACUCGAUCCGACGAUCCGGUCAGAGCACGAGCGUGGUCCAGCCAGUGAUCAUUCAGAAACCCGACUUUCACAAUCUGAGGCCAACAUUAAUCUCGUGGGUCACGAGGAAGACCAGUUUGGAAAUGUCGUCGCAUCAGAUACCUCGCCAGUCCUCUCUCGUCCACGAGCACGUGUCCUGAAGCUUCUGCUGUCUGUAUUACCGCUCGGUAAACUAGCCAGAAUACUUUUCAACAAGCUCUUGAUUACUCCAAUCAGCCGACCAGUAUUCACACUCGAUAGCCAAAUGAGUUCCGCCCAAAUUGACUACCUGACCAACCAAACUCGCUCACUAUUUUUUAGCAUCUGGAAUCUCGCCGAUAUGUUAGCUACAUUAUACGAUCUGGAUAGCCUCGAAAAUCUUGAAGCUGCUCAGCAUGACUUGGAUAAAAUUCUCGGCUAUUUUGACUCUUCCAUAAGACUCUUAAGUCUUCAUCUGGUACCUUCUCAUCCCAACCUGCAACCUGGUCCCCCAGCUUCUGAGAACGUCUUCAAACAUCGUUUUUCCUUAUUAAUUGAUCAAUUCCAUUUGGCCGCUCAAAACUUGACUAACGAUUUGAAAAGAUUCACUGAUUUAGAUAGAAAUUGAUUGGAUGGAAUUUUAUGAGCUUCAAUGCAUGUCAAGCUUAUAUCACCCAACUACUCAUAAAGAAUGAAGAUCUGGAAUUGUGUUGUCCUUUCUCUGCUGCAAUCUACUGUUUCCAUGAAUUAAGUGCAGAUGUAAGCCCCUCCUUGCUUGGACAGA